AUCAAAAUAUUUAUUACACAUCACAAAAUUUAUAUUUGUAUUGUAUAGGUACAUGAAAUAUAUUAUUGUACUACACUAUUAAAAUUAUGUAUUACUGUGACGCAGAAGACCAAGAAUUAAUCCAAAACAAAAACAUUGAGUCAUGUAUGUUAAAUACAAAUGUUAAAAACCAGCUUAACAGUUAUGACUUGGAUACGAGAACUGAUAAUACAAUGCCUGAAACCAAAAGAAAACCCUUUAAAAUUCCUGACCACAUUUCUUCUAUUGAAUGUGAUGGAAGUGUUAAAUAUACUUGUACUGUUUGCGAAAAAACUUUUAAUUCAAAAAAGAAUUGCUUUUAUCAUUUAACGUGCAAUGGAGAUGGAAUAAAAAAACCAUUGAUAUGUUAUAAAUGUAAUAAAACUUUUAAAAUCCAAUCACAUUUAGAUUAUCAUAUGUUAACACAUUCAGGUGAAAGACCAUUUAAAUGUGCAGAUUGUGAUAAAUGCUUUUUCACUAAAUCUAAAAUGAUUGAACAUAAGAUAGUACAUACAGUGCGUUCUCAUUUUUGUGCAACAUGUGCGAAAGGUUUUAAAAGAAAGCGAUCAUUGGAAGUUCAUAUGAAAUCUCAUGCUCUAGAAAAACCAUUUCAGUGUGCAACAUGUUUAAAAUUUUUCAAAAAUAAGCAAUGCCUAAAAAAACACCACAUUAGGAAACAUUCUGGAACAAAAGCAUUUUCAUGUGACACCUGUAAACGAAAAUUUAGUUUAAAAGAUGCAUUGGUUUCACAUCAAAAGACUCAUAUAUUCUCAACUCAACUAGCUUGUUAUUUAUGUAAUCAACGAUUUAGAGAAAAGCGUUAUUUGCAAAGACAUCUUGGAACUCAUAGUAAAAAAAACAUUUUGAACUGUCCAAUAUGUAUGAAGAAGUUCACACGUAAAGAUAAUUUGGACCGCCAUGUAAGAAACACGCAUUUGGAAUCUGAGAACAUUAGUAUAAAUGAACAUGUUAUCCGAGCUUCUGUUAUAAAAGUUGUCAGCAAGAUUGAAUCAUGUCCUGUCAGAGUAAUUCAACAUACUUAACUGUUAUGUUCUUUACAGUAUAUUUUAAUGUUUAUAGAUAAUAGUUAUUUUAGUUUUAUGGUAUUAUGUUACCGUUAUAGUUAUUAUUAUACUGUGUCUACCUCAUUUAUAUUUUUAAUUUAUUAUUUUAUUGAUUUACACAAUUUAUCAUAGAACAUUAUGUAUGUUAAUAACAAUAUUAGGUACUUCCAAGUUAUCUUGAUUACCAAACAUUUCCAAAACUACAUUGUAUAACUAGAUAAUAUGCUGUAUAGUGUAUACUUAUAACAUUGAAUUAAUAAC